CGUCACUGUCAAGCACGGAGUCUAAAACUGCUUCUAAGUUAAAAGUUUUCCCACCCCAUCUGAACUUCACCGAGCUUUGAUUUUUACCCCUAUCCAAAUCUUCCUCUUUACCGUACCCACUGGCACAAUGCCGAGACCACUACUACGAGCAAUUCUUUACGCCUGCUUUCAAGUCAUCUACAUAAUUAUCAUGCGAUGUCCAUGGUUCUCUUCCUGGGCCGCAGAAGUCACUGCCAUCAAUAUGGCAGCAACCUGGCUCUUAGCUAUUGUCCUAGUACGAAUCCCAAUCACUCGCAAAGUUUUCCUAAAUGAACCAUUCAAACUUCCCAUAAUGUACUGGGCCUUCUAUGGAUUGUUGGUGGUAGCCCUAGUGAUAUAUGAUGACAGUGAGACCGAAGAGACGAGGUCACUGGCAGAUUUGCUGGAAAAAAAGGCCAUGGUGUUGAGUUCUUCAUUGGCAUAUGCGCUAUAUUGCUUGAUCACGUUAAGUGUCUGGAGGUAUUUGAAGUGGAACUUUUGGAAGCAUCCGAUCGCGAAAGUUUGGUGGCUCAUCAACUUGGGCCCGGUCACGGAGGAGUUGUUUGUGCAUUCCCCGUUGCCUGAAGAUGAUCCUGAUUUGUUGCAUCUUUCAGACUCGCAACUAGACGAGAAAUCUUUCACAUCCGAGGUUUGAAUGUUCACAGCACUGGACUAUUCUUCUAGACCUGGCCCUUACAUAUCAUUGCCCGACUGUCAGAGGACCUACCUAGCUGUAGCGUAAUUUUAUCAUCCGGGUUUUGUGGAAACGAGAAACCGUAUGCGAGGAUCAGCUCGUCAUUCGCUUUGAGUAGGUAUUGAACACUUCUUCGCUAAGAGGCGUCGUGGUAUGCGAAAUGAUAGAAAUAGUAGCCGACUCAUCCCUUUCUUCCGUACUUCCGGAUAGGACGUGCAACAAGAAACAGGCUGUCCACGAGAAUGGCUGAGGACAUC